CAUCCACAACUGUUGCUGCCUUCACACAGCUGUUAGCGACAUAAUUUUUUUAUAAAUAAAAAGUAAUAUUUAUAGAAUAUUAAGAAAAUACGUUAUUUUUUAAACUCUUUAUUCGACCUGAAAUAUAUCUGGUUGUUUUCUCUCGUUUAAAUGCGUUUGGUUAGCUUUCGAUAGAGCCUUUUUCCGCCUCGGUGAAACAAAGGGUUAGCACUGAUAGCAUGCUAGUCGCUAACUAGCAAACCUUUAGUGUAUGGACAAAUAUUUCAAAUACGUGAUAGAUUUAAAACGUCGAUUAACAGGGAAUUCUCGGCGUGUAUAAUCCGAAACUAACCAGGUUGCAAAUGCUAUAUUGGGUGUAAAUUGUACGCGUUAGUUUCUAACGUAAUGCUGCAGUGAUAGCAGACUGACAUGGAGAAAGAUGUUAAGACAGAUGUGGUCCCUGCAUUGGCAGGAGGGGUAAAUGUGGCAAACCUGGUGGCUCAGAGCAGGUCCGAGGAUGAAGAUCAAGCUAUUGUGAAGGACAUGAAGAGACCAGCGGCUCAAGCUUUUGGUGGCGGAGGUCUAGUUCCAAAAAGGAGAAGCUCUUCCAGGUCCAUCAAGAGGAAAAAGUUUGAUGAUGAGCUAGUUGAGAGCAGUCUGGUUAAAUCCUCCAGCAGAGUUAAAGGCCCACCAGGCAUCGAGCCGAUCCGCUGCCCUGGGGCCGAGCCAUCAUCCAGCGAGAAAAAAAAGGUUUCCAAGUCCAGCACAUCUUUAACACCUCCACUCACCAUGGUGAUCGCACCUUCCCCAAUCACCAAACGAGUAAAGAAGAGCAAACAGCCUCUGCAGAUCACCAAAGACCUGGGACGCUGGAAGCCCACAGAUGACCUGUUGCUCAUUAACGCAGUGCUGCAGACUACUGAUCUUACUUCAGUUCAUCUGGGAGUGAAGUUCAGCUGCCGCUUCACGCUGAGGGAGAUUCAGGAGCGGUGGUAUGCCUUGCUCUACGACCCUGUGAUAUCCAAGCUAGCGUGGCAGGCCAUGAGACAGCUCCACCCUGAGGCCAUUGCCGCCAUUCAGAGCAAAGCUCUCUUCAGCCAAGUCGAGGAGGCUCUGCUCGCCAAGAUUAGCUCUAACAGUCAACCAAAACUGGACGUUUUCCAGGACUUGCUGAAUAAGCACCCCAACGUUUUCUACCCCUCACGCACUGCCAAGAGUUUACUGGUGCACUGGCAGCUGCUUAAACAGUACUACUUACUGGAUGACCAAAGUGUUCAACCUUUACCUAAAGCAGAUCAGGUUCUUAACUUCUCAGAUGCUGAGCAGAUGGUUGAUGAUUCCAAGCUGAAGGACAGCAGGGAUGAAGUACUGGAGCAUGAGUUGAUGGUUGCAGAUCGGCACCAGAAAAGGGAGAUCAGGCAGUUGGAGCAGGAGCUCCCACGCUGGCAGGUCUUGGUGGACAGUAUCACUGGUAUGAACUCACCAGAUUUUGAUAAUCAGACAUUGGCUGCACUGAGAGGACGCAUGGUCCGAUACCUUAUGAGGUCAAGAGAGAUCACCCUUGGCCGUGCUACCAAGGACAAACAGAUAGACGUGGAUCUGUCUUUAGAGGGAUCGGCGUGGAAAAUCUCCAGACAACAGGGGAUCAUCAAGCUCAAAAACAAUGGUGACUUCUUCAUUGUGAACGAAGGCCGUAGGCCGAUCUAUAUUGAUGGCAGACCAGUCCUGACUGGUAACAAGUGGAAACUAAACAACAACUCCGUGCUAGAAAUCGCAGGCCUUCGCUUCGUGUUCCUCAUAAACCAGGAGCUGAUCUCACUCAUCAAAGCCGAGACUGCCAAGAUGAACCAACAGUGAUUCUCAAAUCUGCACCUGAUCAAUUUGCUCUGGACUUGUGAACUGUCCAAGCAGAAAAUUGAACUGCUGCUUUAGUAGAUGGUUCUGCAGACAAGUGUUCGACCUCUAGAGAGGUUAUAAAAGCUGUAGUGUGAGAACCCGCUUUAGAACCAUACCAGAGAAUUUGGACUUAAACUGCACCAAUAUAGCCAGUAUCUGACAUGUAGACAAUAUGGACUUACCUGUAUGGAUCUUUAACAGUGUUUGUUUGUUUGUCUUUUUGAAGUUGGUUUUAGGUUUAGUUGCUGUUGGAAUUGGGUUUAAGACCCUCGUAUCAUCUUUACACAGUACUUUUCCUUAAGGAAAAUAAAUGACAAAGCUGCAAUUUUAAAAUACAGACAUUUGCAUACGAUCAGCAGUAGUUAA